GCUGCUGGAGGCCAGAAGGCGGGAGCCGGCCGGGGUAUCUCCGCCCCCCGCCCUCUAGUUGCCCAGCCCGACCCUCCGCAGCAAACGCGUCCCCGCGGCAGCGCCCGGGCCUGGGACCUGCGAGUGCAGCCAGGGCGCGCGGUCCUCCCCGACCUGCGACAGGGACGGCGGCCAAACGGAGAGUGACUCUGUGGUCACAGAUGAUUCUGGGGAUAAUUUUGCUGCCUGCACCUGGCCCUCCGGUGAGGCCCCUGCCUUCCUUGGAGGCUAAGAACCGGGCGCCGUGACUGGCGCAGCCCUGCUGAUGAAGACGGCAGGCCAGGAAAGCUACAGCCAUGGCACUGGGGCUCUUCCGGGUGUGUCUGGUGGUGGUCACCGCCAUCAUCAACCACCCGCUGCUGUUCCCGCGGGAGAACGCCACAGUCCCCGAGAACGAGGAGGAGAUCAUCCGCAAGAUGCAGGUGCACGAGGAGAAGCUGCAGCUGGAGCAGCUGCGCCUGGAGGAGGAGGUGGCGCAGUUGGCAGCUGAGAAGGACGCCCUGGAGCAGAUGGCGGAGGAGGGCCAGCAGCAGAAUGAGAGCCGCACAGCCUGGGACCUGUGGAGCACCCUCUGCAUGAUCCUGUUCCUGGUGAUCGAGGUGUGGCGGCAGGACCACCAGGAUGGGCCCUCACCCGAGUGCCUCGGCGGGGGCGAGGACGAGCUGCCUGGCCUGGAGGGCGCCCCCCUCCGAGGCAUCACCCUGCCCAACAAGGCCACGCUGGACCACUUUUACGAACGCUGCAUCCGGGGGGCCACAGCUGAUGCAGCCCGAACCCGGGAGUUCGUGGAGGGCUUCGUGGAUGACCUGCUGGAAGCCCUGAGGAGCCUAUGCAACCGGGACAGGGACAUGGAGGUAGAGGACUUCAUUGGUGUGGACAGCAUGUAUGAGAACUGGCAGGUGGACAGGCCGCUGCUGUGCCACCUCUUUGUGCCCUUCAUACCCCCUGAGCCCUACCACUUCCACCCUGAGCUCUGGUGCUCCAGCCACUCAGUGCCCUUAAAUCGCCAAGGCUACGGCCAGAUCAAGGUGGUCCGGGCUGACGAGGGUACGUUGGGCUGUAUCUGUGGCAAGACCAAGCUUGGGGAAGACCUGCUGUGUCUCCUCCAUGGCAAGAACAACGUGGUGCAGCCCAGCAUCGAGGUGGAAGACCCACUGUGUGCCAGAGGGUCCCCAUACCUGGACACAAUGCAGGUCAUGAAGUGGUUCCAGGUGGCCCUCACCAGAGCCUGGCACCGCAUCGCCCACAAGUAUGAGUUCGACCUAGCCUUUGGCCAGCUGGACACCCCGGGAUCCCUCAAGAUCAAGUUCCGCUCAGGGAAGUUCAUGCCCUUCAACCUGAUGCCUGUGAUCCAGUGUGAUGACUCAGACCUGUACUUUGUCUGCCACCUUCCCAGGGAGCCCUCUGGGGGGACCCUGGCAUCCAGCACUGACUGGCCCCUGUCCUUUGCUGUCUAUGAGCGACACUUCCUCAGGAUGAUGUCGAAGGCACUGCCCGAGGGUGCCUGCCACCUCAGCUGCUUGCAGAUCGCCUCCUUCCUGCUCUCCAAGCAGAACCGCCUGACCGGCCCCAGCGGGCUGGGCAACUACCACCUGAAGACGGCCCUGCUGCACCUCCUGCUUUCCCGGCGGGCCCCCGACUGGAAGGCCGGGCAGCUGGACGCCCGGCUGCACGAGCUGCUCCGCUUCCUGGAGAAGAGCCUGCUCGAGAAGAAGCUCCAUCACUUCUUCGUCGGCAACCGCAAGGUGCCUGAGACCAUGGGACUCCCUGAGGCUGUGCGGAGGGCCGAGCCUCUCAACCUCUUCCGGCCCUUCGUCCUGCAGCAGCGAAGCCUCUAUCGGAAGACAGUGGACUCCUUCUAUGAGAUGCUCAAGAACGCCCCAGCGCUCAUUAGCGAGUACUCCCUACAUAUGCCCUCGGACCAUGCCAGCCUGCCCCAGAAAGCUGUUGUCUUGUAGAGCGGCCAUGAUGCAGGGCAUCCCACAUGCCCACACCCCCGGGGGCAUCUGCAGGCCCUGUCCUGAGAGAACUGCAGGCUUUGUUGGGAGCCAUGGCUCAGCCUGCCAGAAGCCAGGCCCUACACUGUAGAGGAAGCGGAAUUCCAAGCUGGAAACUGGCUUGCUUUCACGCCACUGGGGCCUACCGGCGAAGCUCUCGUCUGGGUUUGGGGACUGAGCCUUUCAGCUUACUUUUGGAUCAGCAUGCGUGGCCAAGAUGAUGACGGAACACUCUAUGGACACUGAGUUAGAGAUAAUGCAACAUCACUUUGGGUGUCAUUGUUUUACAUCCCAGGUCCAGUGUCGACUGGAAUAUCAGCGGAGGAUCGAAGGAAUGCUGACAGGGAUCCCUGUGAAGACCAUGCACCACUAUUGCCAGGAACCCUUGGCCCCAGGCAUCUGCAACCAAAGCACUAAUCGGGACAGAUGUGGGAAUUCACAGCCUUCCAUCCACAGCCUGCACAAGCGGGGUCCCACGGUGGCUGCUAUUUUUUUAUAUUAUUUGGCGAAAAGACCUAUUAGAGAUUCAUGGCCCAACGUGGCCUAUAUCUCUGUUGCACGAAAGUGGGUACUUGGUGUCAGAGAGAAGUUUAAGGUGGCUACUUUCAGCUACACCUCUCAUUCAGGGUGCACCCCCUUCCUCUUGCCCUUCCCCAGUGUGCGGUAUCCCAAGCUCCAUGGGCCCCGCACAUCAUGCUACAUACCAAUUCAGUGGCCCCUCACCCCUCUUUUUUCUCUCCACAGCUGGUGGGGGAGGGCAGGUGCCGAGGGUAGAAGCUGAUAGGGAAAGAGAGACACAGGGUGACGGGGGUGAAGGGCAGCCUGGCACCCAGGUGCUGGGGUCUGGCAUGCAGUCUGGCCGCUGAUGCCCGGUCCAGAGGAAGCGGCAAAGCCGAGAGGUGAGGAAUGCCACAGCCCUGAGUCCUCCUCAGGGUCAGUCCUAGAGCAGAGCACACCUGGGAGCAGGAGCCACUGUGGAAACGCUGCUCCCGCCUGCAGGCCCAAGGCCCCUGGGCUGUGCAUUCCAGCGGGUUCUCUCACCACACAGAACCCCUUUCUGGGUGGGCCUUCCUGGCCACACAGAUGACUGCCACCCUGCGAGUCCGACAGAGGCGUGGCUGGCGGGGAACACAGAGCCAGCACUGCAGGCACAGCCACCGGGCCCCAGAGAAGCCUCCUGGGCACUGCGGGGGCUGUGGUCACCUGGCAGGCACCAGAGCCUGUGGUUGGAGCUGGCCCGUCUCCAGGCCGGUUCAGGAGGGUGGGGGAGCCGCCCCUCCUCCGCUUGUGGCUUCACUGGUCCUUUGGGGUUUUCUCUCUCGGCAUUGCCUCAUUAACCCUUGCAGAGGGCGCAGGCGGAGGCACUGGGCUCUCCCUCCAGGGGGAAGGCUGGCCAUGCCUCCCAGGGCUCACCACGCCCUGAAGAAAGAGUGUUGUCCCAGCCUGGGGGCGCUCUCACCGGGCCUCAGAAUGCUCCAUAUGGCCACUGCCUGUCAGAGUUCACUCAGGGUGGGAGGCUCGGCACCGGGGAGUCCUGAAGCCUGCAGGAAGCCCUCCACGUGGGCUGCAGUUAGAGCAGCAGUGCGUGGGCCUGCCCUCCCCAGGCCCACAGUGGCCGGUGUUCGAGGGACCAGUCCUGCCCACGUGGUCUCCACCAAUGGCCCCAACCCGCUCUUCCUGCUGGGUUUCAUUUCCAGACUCGGGGGUGAAUUUCCUUAUUUAUUAUCCCUUGUGCCUUUCUUUCCCCCUCUUCAUCUUUAUCUUGUUGUGCUUGGAGACGCCAGCAACCAGGAGCCAGCCUCCAGAGGCCACGGCCAAACCCGACACUCUUACUUCGGGACAGAAAGCACUGAAAGAAACACCGUGUGUUUGCGGAGAGGACGGACUCAGUGGGGACAGGGGUCUUCACGCACCGAAGCUGCCUCGAGACAGAACACGCGGCUCUGGUGUCCCGUGCUCUUAUUUAUAGUAAAAGAAGAA